AUGACAAGCUCUGGUACUGCGAUGUGCGGCUUGUACGUGGCUUCGAACAUUCUGCUGGCCCAGCAUUUCGAGAAGCGAAGGGCGACGGCCAUUAGCCUAGUGUUUACAGCGUGCGGCUUCAGCUCUAUCAUUUUUACGCCACUGAUAGAGUUCUUGCAAAAGACGUAUGGAAUCCGUGGGGCAUUUCUUAUUUAUGGUGGGAUUAUCCUAAACACGAUUCCAGCUGCUAUCGUUCUGCGAAGCCCACCAUGGCUCAUGGAGCCGGAAAUUGUAAAGAAAGUGAUGCCCAAUGAAGAAUCGUGUCUGCUGGCUCCUGUCUUGGUGAAGGAAUUCGGCAUCGGCAAUUUACCUGUGAUUAUGGGUAGUGUGUUCUUCUGCACAGGCGUGUCUCUUCUCCUUCGCCCACCACUGAUCGGAUACUUCAGAGACAAUUAUGGCAACUACAACGGGCUGCUCCAUUUGAUGGCUGCACUCAAUGCAUUGUUCCUGUGCAUUUGGGUGGUGAAGCUCAUCACUAAGAGGAAAGCCGGGUGA